AUGUUCCCCGAACUUCUCUCCCCUUCGCACCGUCCCUCUCCCCUUCGCACCGUCCCUCUCCCCUUCGCACCGUCUCUCUCCCCUUCGCACCGUCUCUCUCCCCUUCGCACCGUCUCUCUCCCCUUCGCACCGUCUCUCUCCCCUUCGCACCGUCUCUCUCCCCUUCGCACCGUCUCUCUCCCCUUCGCACCGUCUCUCUCCCCUUCGCACCGUCUCUCUCCCCUUCGCACCGUCUCUCUCCCCUUCGCACCGUCUCUCUCCCCUUCGCACCGUCCCUCUCCCCUUUGCACCGUCCCUCUCCCCUUCGCACCGUCUCUCUCCCCUUUGCACCGUCUCUCUCCCCUUCGCACCGUCCCUCUCCCCUUCGCACCGUCUCUCUCCCCUUCGCACCGUCUCUCUCCCCUUCGCACCAUCUCUCUCCCCUUCGCACCGUCUCUCUCCCCUUCGCACCGUCUCUCUCCCCUUCGCACCGUCUCUCUCCCCUUCGCACCGUCUCUCUCCCCUUCGCACCGUCUCUCUCCCCUUCGCACCGUCUCUCUCCCCUUCGAACCGUCUCUCUCCCCUUCGCACCGUCUCUCUCCCCUUCGCACCGUCUCUCUCCCCUUCGCACCGUCUCUCUCCCCUUCGCACCGUCUCUCUCCCCUUCGCACCGUCUCUCUCCCCUUCGCACCGUCUCUCUCCCCUUCGCACCGUCUCUCUCCCCUUCGCACCGUCCCUCUCCCCUUCGCACCGUCCCUCUCCCCUUCGCACCGUCUUUCUCCCCUUCGCACCGUCUCUCUCCCCUUCGCACCGUCUCUCUCCCCUUCACACCGUCUCUCUCCCAUUCGCAUCGUCUCUCUCCCAUUCACAUGUCGCUGCACCAUGCCCGAUGCUCCACCCACUCGUUCCCACCAGACUUCUCUGGAACUGCGCCUUGCCACCUUAGCCCCUGCAUCCACCCUCCAUGGCCUCUCAUCUCCCUUUUACCCUCCACUUGCCUCUCAUCCCCGUCUCUCAUGCACCACCCGCUCGUUCCCACCAGGCUUCUCUGCAACUGCAUCCCACAACCACUUCUUUGGCUCUAUCCCCCUCUCCCUCUUCACCUCCCAUUCCAAUCUCGCCACCCUGCUCUACGGCAACCCCCUCUGCUCGCCCUAUCGCCCCGAAGUCUCCCAAGUCUGCCUGCCGCCAGAACCCUUUCCCGACUUCACCUUCCCGAGUUUCUGUGCCAACCUGGACUGCAACCCGCGGUACCGGCCCAACUUCCCCCUCUACCACCGCGAUCACACGUGCGAGUGCGUGUCCCCGAUGGAAGUGCAGCUGCGGCUGCCUGCUUCGCAGUACUCUGUGUUCAGUGAGGAGCUCGUGAAUACCUUCCGGGGGAGGAUUCGGGUCAGCUUGAGGCGGCUGGGCGUGAAUAUGACGUGGACUCAGAUCAUCAUCAGCACCAUCACAACCGCUGUGCUCACAGACAGCGAUAUCACCAUGUCGAUCCUCUUCUUCCCGCCACUAGACGACACCACCGUCUGGGGGGAUUUCAAUAGCAGUGGUGGUGGGUAUAGUGGCAGCAGGAGUGGCGAUUCUCGCUCUGCUGCUCGUGGGGCUUACCUGGCUGCUUCUGCACCGUCAGAAGAGGCAAGCAGUGGCGAGUAUGGCGGCAGCAGUGGCGAGUAUGGCGGCAGCAGUGGCGAGUAUGGCGGCAGCAGUGGCGAGUAUGGCAGCAGCAGUGGCGAGUAUGGCGGUAGCAGUGGCGAGUAUGGCGGCAGCAGAAGUGGCGAUUUCAAAGACUGGUGGGGGAAGGAGGACUACGAGGCCAUAGAAGGCCUGAACCUGGUUGGCGUGCAGCGAUUCAAACUGGCAGAGCUGGCAGAUGCGACCCAGGGGUUCAAGACACUGCUUGGGGAGGGCGGAUACGGACAGGUUUACCACGGGGAGUUGCCAUCAGGGGAGAAAGUGGCGGUCAAACGGGCCAAGCCAGGCGUGCAGGUUAAUGGGAAAGAGUUUCGCAAUGAGAUAGAGCUGCUGUCGGCGGUGCGGCACCGCAACCUGGUGCUGCUCAGGGGCUUCUGUGUGGAGGCAGGCGAGCAGCUGCUGGUGUAUGAAUUCAUUGAAAAGGGCACUCUGGAGGACAUACUGAGAGGCAAGUCCGACUUGUGCCUGACAUGGAAGCAGCGGUUGGACAUCGCCUGUGGAGCAGCCAGGGGGUUCGCCUACCUGCACCAUCAGAUCAAGCCGCCUAUCAUUCACCGAGACGUGAAGACCGCCAACAUCCUAAUCACAGCAGCAGGGGAGGCGAAGGUGGCUGACUUUGGAAUCUCCAAGGCGGUGAUGGAAGGGGAGCAGCUGGACACACAGGUCAAGGGCACCGUGGUACGUGCUGGAGAAGGUGAAGCUGUCACUUUGGACCCCGAGUACUACAUGUCUGCCUUGCUCACGGAGAAGAGUGACGUGUUCAGCUUCGGCAUUGUGCUGCUGGGGAUCGCCAUGUGUCUCCGGCCAAUCCCACUCCAUUCCUCCCUCUCCCUGUAUCCCUUUUUCCUCCCCCAUCACCUCCUUCCCAGGGCUACCUAG